GUUGCUGAAUUGGUAUACAUGACGAAUAAUAUAGGGCAGCUAGGUCUUAACAAUAGGGCCAACCCAGUCUCCAUCCGAUCAAUUGCACCCUACUAUGAUUCUGUGAUUGUGGCAUCAAAAGGGAACAAAAUGACAUGGGUUAAAAUUCCAAACAUCUUAGUAAUUAUUGAUUUGUCAAGAAACAAAUUUGAAGGAGAGAUUCCAAAUGUUAUUGAUGAGCUUCAAGCACUUAUAGGGCUUAACCUUUCCCAUAACAGACUCAUUGGUCCUAUUCCCAAAUCCAUGGGAAACUUGACAAACUUGGAAUGGCUGGAUCUCUCAUCAAAUAUGCUCACUGAUGUGAUUCCAGCAAAAUUAACCAAUUUGGGCUUUCUUGCAGUUUUAGACUUUUCCAAUAACCAUCUAGUGGGAGAAAUACCUCGAGGAAAACAGUUCGAGACAUUUUCAAAUGAUUCAUAUGUAGGAAACUUGGAGUUAUGUGGAUUUCCCUUGUCAAAGAAGUGUGGACCUGAACAAUAUUCUCAACCUUCACUUAACAACAGCUUUUGGAGCGACGCGAAAUUUGGAUUUGGAUGGAAACCGGUGGCAAUUGGAUAUGGAUGUGGAUUUGUGAUUGGAAUAGGCCUCGGAUAUUGUAUGUUUUUAAUUGGAAAGCCUAGAUGGCUUGUGAUGAUAUUUGGUGGUCAGCCUAAAAGAAGAGUGAAAAGGAGAACAAGAGUGAGUAGGAACCAUGGUGCAACCAUGAAUCAGAAUCAAAUGGUGGCAAUGUCGUAG